AAAAUGAAUGGCCUUAAUUAUGUUAAACACGGCUAGAAGCCUAUUGUAUGUUUUUAUUUCAGUUGAGGUGGAGUCUAGUCACUGUAGUGGUUGUGUUCACAUCGUCUCCGUGCUAUACAGUUUAAAAAAAGUGCUGUAGUUGACUUUGGUGAAUGAAUCUGUGCAAUAGUGAUCAACUACUAUUAAAGAACAAACUGUUAAAAUUUACUGAGUAUCACACGAGCCGAUAGUACCAAAUAAGUUGAGGAAAAAACAUUUAUAGGCAUUACUGUAGUGGACUGAGGCUUUGAAUUCGGCAAGUAAAGAGUUUCUGCAUUCAAGUUAAAAAAUGGCUCCUUUGAAAUAUUUGUUGAAUUCAAGCGUGAGAGUUUUUCAGUCAUACACCAGAUGUCUUUCUUCUGCGGUCCGACAAACAACAGGCCUAUGUUUCGAACUGAACGAAUCCCAAAGAGCUCUUCAGGAACUCGCCAGGAAGUUCGCUCGAGAAGAGAUCCUCCCAAAAGCUGCUUAUUACGACCAGACCGGAGAAUAUCCUUGGGACAUCCUGAAGAAGGCACAUGAGAUCGGUCUAUUGAACGGAUACAUACCUGAGAAGUACGGUAUGUGAACUUCGUUAGUGCGAGUAUAACCGUUGGAAAGUCGAAUUAUUGCUCUUCAAAGCCAUAUAAGUUACUUUUGGAUCUAAUACCUCUAUAAGGUGCAAAUGAAAAAAAAGUUCCUAACACAUUUUUAUUGUAUUUCUCAAGUCUUAAAAUAAUUAGGGGGUUACGGUUUCAUUUUGUGUAGUGUAGCCCUAAAUUCCUGCUGGGUUUUGUGUGAAUACGUGGAGGCACGCUCGAUUUCUUUUCUUCGUUUUGGCUCUUCAGGAACUUGCCAGGAAGUUCGCUCGAGAAGAGAUCCUCCCAAAAGCUGCUUAUUACGACCAGACCGGAGAAUAUCCUUGGGACAUCCUGAAGAAGGCACAUGAGAUCGGUCUAUUGAACGGAUACAUACCUGAGAAGUACGGUGGCCCUGGAUUAAAUAUGUUGGAUGUCUGUCUUAUUUGCGAGGAGAUGGCGUACGCCUGCGCUGGGAUCCAAGCUGCUCUUUAUGUUAGCAAUGUCGGGCAAAUGCCAGUCAUACUUUUCGGAAACGAAGAACAGAAGAAGAAAUAUUUAGGAAGAUUAAUAGAUGAACCACUCACAGUUGCUUACUGUGUGACUGAACCAGAAACCGGUUCAGACGUUGCUGCCCUCAAGACCUCCGCAGUGAAGAAGGGAGAUGAAUGGAUCCUCAACGGUAGGAAGAUGUGGAUUACCAAUGCUGGUAUUGCCGACUGGUACUUCGUGUUGGCGAGAACCGAUCCUAAUCCUAAAACACCUACUUCCAAAGCAUUUACUGGAUUUUUAGUGGAAAAAGGAUCUUCUGGGAUAAUAAUUGGAAGAAAGGAGUUAAACAUGGGCCAGAGAGCUUCUGAUACGCGUGGUAUAACCUUUGAGGAUGUGAGGAUACCCAAAGAAAAUGUUCUGUCUAGAGAAGGAGAUGGCUUCAAGAUCGCCAUGAGCACCUUCGAUGUAACAAGACCAAUGGUCGGAGCAGGAGCUGUCGGUUUAGCCCAAAGAGCUCUUGAUGAGGCGACUAAGUACGCUCUUCAGAGAAAAACAUUUGGAAUACCCAUCGCUUCGCAUCAGGGAGUAGCCUUCAUCCUUGCAGAUAUGUCGAUAGGCGUGGAAACGGCAAGACUUGUAGUUCAGAAAUCUGCUUGGGAACUGGACCAAGGGAAAAAGAACACCCUGACCGCUUCGAUCGGUAAAGCUUACGCCUCUGACGUAGCCAACAAAUGUGCAACUGAAGCUGUCCAGAUAUUUGGAGGUAACGGAUACAAUUCAGAAUACCCAGUAGAGAAGCUGAUGAGAGACGCCAAAAUAUAUCAGAUCUACGAAGGGACAACCCAAAUUCAGAAAGUCAUAAUCUCACGACACUUGGUCAAUGCAGCCAAGGAACAGCGUGCUUGAUUUAUAAAGAAAUCUAUACAUUUGUCGCCCCACUUGAUAUUUGGGUACAAGAUCACAUGAACACACUAUAAAAGGGACUCCAAGAAUGGCCGAAAGAAGAAAGAGAUGUUCGAACCGUCUGGUAACGACCCGUAACAUAUAACUUAUACGUAAAAUAUUACUUACCCAAGUUUUCUGUAUCAAAUUAUUAACUUCAGUAUAAAACUUA